CGGGGACUGGCAGGAUUUCUAUGAGUUCCAGGAGCCGGCCCGGAGCCUCCAGGACCAGGAGAACUGUAACGCGAGCCCCGAAGCCGGGGCAGGGCCGGGCGGGGGAGGCGACGGCUUCCCAGCGCUGGCCUGCAGCUUGGAGGAGAAGCUGAGCCUGUGUUUCCGCCCCUCGGGUCCGGCCGCUGAGCCCCCGAGGGCGGCCGUGCGGCCCAUCACCGAGUGCAGCCUCCUGCAGGGGGACGAGAUUUGGAAUGCCCUGACAGAUAAUUAUGGACAUGUAAUGCCUGUAGACUGGAAGUCUUCCCAUACUAGGACCUUGCAUUUGCUUACUCUGAACCUCUCAGAAAAAGGGAUGAGUGACAGCCUGUUCUUUGAUACCUCGGAUGACGAGGAGCUGAGAGAACAGCUGGAUAUGCACUCAAUCAUCGUCUCCUGUGUCAACGACGAGCCCCUCUUCACUGCAGACCAGGUGAUUGAAGAAAUUGAAGAAAUGAUGCAGGAGUCACCAGACCCAGAAGACGAUGAAACGCCCACCCAGUCAGAUCGGCUUUCAAUGCUUUCCCAGGAAAUUCAGACUCUUAAGAGGUCUAGCACAAGCAGUUACGAAGAGAGGGUGAAAAGGCUGUCAGUGUCGGAAUUAAAUGAACUGCUGGAAGAAAUUGAGACGGCCAUCAAGGAGUACUCUGAAGAGCUGGUGCAGCAGCUGGCCCUGCGAGAUGAACUGGAGUUUGAAAAGGAAGUGAAAAACAGCUUUAUCUCUGUUCUCAUUGAAGUGCAAAACAAGCAGAAAGAGCACAAAGAAACAGCCAAAAAGAAAAAGAAGCUCAAGAACGGCAGCUCUCAGAAUGGGAAGAACGAGAGAAGUCACAUGCCCGGCACAUACUUGACAACGGUCAUUCCUUAUGAGAAAAAAAACGGACCGCCAUCUGUUGAGGACCUUCAAAUAUUAACGAAAAUUCUUCGUGCCAUGAGAGAGGACAGUGAAAAAGUUCCGAGCUUGUUAACUGAUUAUAUCCUGAAAGUUCUGUGUCCUACAUAGGGCAGCAUCAAGAACAGCUUUAUCUUUCGUGGACUACAAGCUAGACUUCCUGUAGCAUUACUCUGAAAGCUGGCUUCCAUUACCUUCCUGCUGUGGGACACUCAGGACACCUGAACUUGGGUUUGUGAUUCAGUAUUACUAGAUCAUGCCUUCUCCAAGUCUUUAUAUUAAACCAAGAGAAACAUAGCACUAUUUUGAAUUCUAGAGAUGGGUUUUUUUUGUUAAGUACUAACAAUUAUAAACUCUUCUACAGCUUUGUAGGGUAAGGGGGAGCAAUGUUAAUCAUGCAUGUGCAGUUAUAUUUUUCAUUAACUGACAGUAUGUGCACUAGAGUUUUUAUGGCUUUCUAGAUUUAAGCUGCACUCAUUCAAGAACCAGAUUAAAGCACUGAGAGAUUUAUACUAUAGCUAUUCUUCAGUGAUGGCAAGAACCAACACUGAUUUUUAUAAGAGAAUUGUCAGUAUAAAUAUUACCUACCAGUAUUGUCCAGAGAGACAGAAACUUAAAACUCGGGCUGUUCUUGGAAGAAAGGAAACCAGAAAACACAUUGUUUUGGCUCAAUACUUAGUAAACAUUGACACAGUUGGAGAUGACUGAUUUCGAUUGAGGUUGCUGUGUGGUUCACAAAUCUUAACCAUUAAGAUGCCAUUCACUUUUAGAAUCUUGUUUGAGAGGUUUAAAUAUUUCAUUUCACUUGUCUGUGAAGUGUCCUUUAAAAGGAGUUUAUAUCCUUUGAGGUGCUUAAGAAAUUGUAUGCUGCAGCAUCUCCCAUUUCCUGUUACUGUGAUACAUUCUAUUCAUGCCUGUGUGUUUUCCUGAAGUACUAAUUCUAGAAACAGCUACUCAUGGAUACAUCAGUAGUCAUGAAACACUUGCCAGUUCCAAUCAAGUCAAUGCCAUCUAAUAAAUGUUGA